UAGAUUAUAAAUCGAAAGGUAUUAAUGAAAAUCGAUACAAUUGUCAUACAAACGUGUUACAGUGCACAAGACACUCACCAAAUGAGGGUGCUAACGGUGUUUUUUGGUAUUUUCAUAGGCCUUGUGGGGGUUUCAACCAUCCUAGCGGCCGAAUUGAAAUGGUGGCAAACGGCUUCCUUCUAUCAAAUCUAUCCGAGAUCCUUUAAAGACAGCGAUGGAGAUGGUGUAGGAGAUUUAAAGGGUAUUACCCACCAAUUGCCCUAUUUGAAAGAGAUUGGCGUAACCGCCACUUGGUUGUCGCCCAUUUUCACCUCUCCCAUGGCAGACUUUGGCUAUGAUGUGGCCAAUCUUACCGAAAUCGAUCCCACAUUCGGCACCAUGGAAGACUUUGAAGCAUUAAUUGCGAAAGCCAAGGCAAUUGGUAUAAAGAUUAUUUUGGAUUUUGUCCCCAAUCAUACAAGUGACGAAUGUGAAUGGUUCAUUAAAUCGGCGGCCAAAGAUCCCGAAUAUAAGGACUUCUAUGUUUGGCAUCCGGGCAAGAUUGUGAAUGGUGUACGCCAACCACCAACAAAUUGGAUAAGUGUUUUCCGUGGCAGCAUGUGGACCUGGCAUGAGGGCCGCCAGGAAUAUUAUCUGCAUCAGUUCCUGGCCAAACAACCGGAUUUGAAUUAUCGCAAUCCCAAGGUCAUGGAGGCAAUGAAGGAUGUUUUCCGCUUUUGGUUGCGUCGUGGUGCUGCUGGCUUCCGUGUUGAUGCUGUUCCCCAUACCUUUGAGAUACAACCUGAUGCUCAAGGAAAUUAUCCGGAUGAACCUCGUAAUCCCAGUGUAAAUGAUCCUGAGGAUUAUAUGUACUAUGACCACGUAUAUACCACCAAUCAACCUGAAACCAUUGAUAUGGUCUAUCAACUCCGUGAGGUGUUGGAAGAAAUGGAUGCUGAAUUGGGUGGUGAGGAACGCAUUAUUAUGACCGAGGCCUAUGCCCCAUUGGAGGUGCUUAUGGAAUAUUAUGGCAAUGCCACCCAUAAGGGGGCCCAAAUUCCCUUCAACUUUGAGUUGAUCAGCAAUAUACAGAAGGAUUCCAAUGCCUAUCAAUAUGAUGAGUUUAUCAAUAAUUGGCUGAGUCACAUGCCAGAGGGAGAGGCCGCUAAUUGGGUGAUGGGAAAUCAUGAUAAAAGUCGUUUCUCCUCCCGCUUGGGAGAGGAUCGCAUUGAUAUCAUCAACAUGCUGUUGCUUACCUUGCCUGGGUGCAGCAUUACCUAUAAUGGUGACGAAAUCGGCAUGACUGAUGUCUGGAUCAGCUGGGAAGACACCAUCGAUCCUCAAGCCUGCCAAUCGAAUCCCCAAGAAUAUGAACGCCUAACCCGUGAUCCUGUUCGCACUCCAUUCCAAUGGAAUGAUGAUAAAUUUGCUGGAUUCACCGAUGGUACAUCCACCUGGCUACCCGUUUCCGAUAAUUACAAAAUGGUCAAUGUCAAGAGGGAGAGAGGUAUAACACGCAGCCAUUUGAAUGUCUACAAACAGGUGCGGAAUUUAAGAGACGAGCCUGCUUUCCAAAGGGGUCAGACUGAAACAAAGGCAUUGAAUGAAAAUGUUUUGGCUAUUAAGAGAUAUCUUGGAGGUCAGCCAACCUAUUUGGUUCUUCUCAAUCUCAACGAUAAUGUUGAGGUAGUAAAUUUGAAUGCUGCUUUUAGUGGUCUCACUCAUCAAUUGGAAUACGUUGUGGUCACAGAUCGUAGUCCUAAAUAUACAGGAGCCAUGACCUAUGCGGAUUCCGUUGUAAUGAUGCCCAAAGAUGCCAUUAUAUUGAAGACAGUGGCUUAAAAUCACAAAAUCACAACUGUAUAUCUGAAACGAAUAAUAAAAUUAAAUAAAGGA